ACUGGCAGCCGCCAUGUUGUGUCUCCGGGGGCCGGGAGCGACGUCCGGUAGUAAACAGUAGAUGACGUUACCGCCCGAUCGACAGUUCACAGGAAACGGACCGCAUCUGGAAGCCAUGAGCCGCCCGUCCUCAGCCGGAGCCGGAGGAGGAGGACUCGGGGCCGGGAAACCAGGCGGAGGGAAACACGGGGGAUCGGGAAGCUCUGCUGCAGCCGCCGCAGCAGCAGCAGCAGCCGCGGCCGCCGCAGUGGCAGCAGCCGCCGGUGUGGGCUCUGUGGCCGGGUCGGGGUCUGUUACCCCUUCCUCCGCUGUGUCCCUGAGCUCGGCCGGCCUGCCCGGGCAGUCUCCGGAGCUCACGGCGCUGUUCGAGUGCCCGGUAUGCUUCGACUACGUCCUGCCGCCCAUCCUGCAGUGCCAGGCGGGUCACCUGGUGUGCAACCAGUGCCGCCAGAAGCUGAGCUGCUGUCCGACCUGCCGAGGCCCGCUCACCCCGAGCAUCCGGAACCUGGCCAUGGAGAAGGUGGCCUCCACGCUGCCGUUCCCCUGCAAGUACUCGUCGGCCGGCUGCCUGCUCACUCUCCAUCACAGCGAGAAACCCGACCACGAGGAGGUGUGUGAGUUCAGGCCGUACACCUGUCCGUGUCCCGGCGCCACCUGCAAGUGGCACGGCUCCCUAGAGGCCGUCAUGCCUCACCUGAUGCACGCUCACAAGUCCAUCACCACGCUGCAGGGGGAAGACAUAGUGUUCUUGGCGACAGAUAUCAACCUGCCUGGCGCAGUGGACUGGGUGAUGAUGCAGUCGUGUUUCAGUCACCACUUCAUGCUGGUUCUGGAGAAACAGGAGAAGUACGAGGGUCACCAGCAGUUCUUCGCUGUCGUGCUGCUCAUCGGCACCAGGAAGCAGGCCGAGAACUUUGCAUACCGCCUCGAGCUCAACGGCAAUCGACGGCGGCUCACCUGGGAGGCCACGCCGCGCUCCAUCCACGACGGUGUGGCCGCUGCCAUCAUGAACAGUGACUGCCUGGUUUUCGACACCUCCAUCGCACAUCUGUUUGCCGACAACGGAAACCUGGGGAUCAAUGUCACUAUCUCCAUGUGCUGACAGGGUGGAGCGGCAUUUAGAGGACAGAUACAGAGAGACACGAUCGAGGGACAAUUUAAGAGCAACAAAGGUGUAAAGUUGACCCUCUGUCUCAUUCUGACUUUACAGGGACUGCUGUGUACAUGGGCUUAUACAGCUGGAAUUUGUUAUGCAGGAAAAAAACAUUUGAACAGCUUUUCAAACAGAUACCUACCUGCUCCGCCCCGUGAGAUGUCUCUUUGGUAUUUGACGACUGGUGGGACGGUACAGGUCGUCCCUCUGUCCUUCGAUCGCUAAAAGGAAAAGUGGACAAAAUCUCCACCAGCAAACGGCAUCAGGCCGGCUGCUUUGACAGCCAUCCGUCAUGCUGGACUCACACUGAGCUAGUCUGAGUUUACUCUCUUGGGAAGAAGAAAUCUACGUCUCCAACAGACAGCACCUCUAUCAGACUUCCUGUCAGACAGAUGCGUUUGCAAUAUUCUGCUCUUUGCUGCUCAUAAGCAGCUUUCAGUCCGGGUCGAGUCUAUAUUGAGUCUAUUUGGGUUGUCAUGAUUGCAGAAUUUUAAACUUUGAUACGAUUCUAGUAAAAAUCAAACAAUAUCGACAUCUGUUUUAAUACCCCGACAACAAAAAUAGAAGAUUAAGGCACCAACUUUUGGGUUCUUUCUUGUCUAAGUAAACUCGUGCACACUGUCUUAAUUGCACAAUUAUUCUGGAAAUGGUUUUGUGCAAUUUAGACCGUGUGUGGGAGUUUUCCUGAUGUUUUUGAUAACAUCUACACACCAGAUGUGUGGAAUAAAUUAACUUUUUUCCAAGCUCCGUUACAUUUUGAUUCUAUUUUUUUCUGUGGUAUAGAGACAGGUAUCAAUAUUGUUUGAUUUUUACUAGAAUCAUAGAAGUUCAAAAUUCUGGUACUAUGACAACCCCAACACAAGAUACACUGGUAUGAAAAAAGUUUAACAGAAGUAAAUAAACAUUUGCAUAUUAGCUUCAGAGGCCUUGACUCUGUUUGUCGAGGCUGCUGUUACAUUAAAGUUGAAUAAUGUGAACACACCUCUCGUUAAAUGAGUAAAGUAGUGCGAUGUGUGGGAGGUUGCUGGUUCUAAUCCCUGCAGCAGCAAAGUAUCUGACAGCUUUUUGACAUUUUGAAAACUCGUCUGCCACAUUUUGGAAGUGUGUGACCUCUGUGGAAGCAGUUGAGCUUUGGAAUCCGGUUAAUCCUCAGACCUUUCUUAAUCUCAGAUAAAAUCAGUGAAAUAGAGGACUAAUCCCCCUGUCCCUCUUCCUGCAGUCUGUUUAGCCGCCAGCGCCUUACUUUUCUACCGCCAACCUCCUCUUCUUUGUGUUGGAGCUCUUUCUGAAGGAGUCUUGGUGCCGAUGUGGUUUUUAAUCACUGAAAAUCUGCCCAGGGGGAAAAAAUGAAACAACUGAGACUCUUUUGCAGAAAUUAUAAAAUAAAUAUUAUUUUACAGAAAUGUUGUUAGCUUGGUUGAAGCCACAGUGACACGAUGCAUGGACAUUAGUAUCUCUAAAGACUCACUGUGGGUAAUAUUAAAGAUUUCCCAACAUUCCUUAUCUCUAAACCAUUGUAGCAACUGACCAGGAAGAAAUCAACUUCACCAGAUACCUCUGAUCACAGACUCGUUUGUAACUCAACCACAAACCCCUCAGACCUCAGCAGCGCUUCCUCCGUGUUUUUUUUGUGAGAAAACCAAUCUAACGGGAAAAAUUCAACUACAUCACUCUGUGAUUUUCUAAAAGACUGACCCCUGAAAUGUGAUGCAAUAAGGAAUGACUCUCGUUUCAAAUAGAAUAGCUAUUAAUAAUAAAGGUUGCUUGGCAACCUUUCAGAUUUUCUACUAAUAUGAAAUUGAAGAUUAAAAUUUCGGAAUUGUGACAACCAUAAGGCCAACUAAAUGACAUUUUGGUCAAGAUUAGUUCAUAUCUAAAUGAUAGCUAAUUAUUCAUUAAGAUAUAACUUUGUUAUAAGGCAAGCUAAAAUUAGGUUUUUAAGUUGGAUAAAUAUUGGCUGAUAUACAUUAGCUUUCUAUAGGACUAGUUUUCUAGCAGCCAAGAGGUCAAUUCACAGUUCUCAUGCAGAGUACACUAGCAAAGUUGUAUAUCUCCACAAAGACGUUCCUUAGUUAGCUAACGUGCAAGUGUCUCGGCUAACAUACUGUAUAUUAUUUGCCAAGAUGGCAGUGAGUAGCCUACUGGGUCUUAUUUAAAAUUUGGCUGUGUACUUUAGCUUUCUAGAUACCUUUUUAUUUUAGCAGGUCAGAGCUACUUUUGGUAAGCAACAUUAGCUUGCGGGAUAACUCUGUAGCAUGCUAAUCUAUCAUGGAUGUGUUAGCCAAGAUACUUAUUAGUUGGCUAAGUCUUGGCUUAAAUUUUACAAACAUUUUAUUCUUGACAAUUAACGUAUCUUAGCAGACAUUGACAAAUUAACUUGUUAAGGUUUUGGCCAAGAUCUGUAAGUUAGGAGGUUUUAGCUAAAGGAAUACCGGUAGAUCUGGCUUGUUGAAAAACAAAGUUAGCUAAGACCCUAAUUAGUUAGCUUACUGUUGUAAGUCUUGGCUGAGAUUGUAUGAGAACUGUUCUAUUAACUGAGAUCAUAUUGAUAUGAUAUGAUAUGCAUUCACUGGUUAAAUAACUGUUGCAAUCAAAACAAUGGAUUUGAGGUUCAUUAGAGCAAACUUAUUAUCUAAUAGUUUUCUAUUUUAAUUUUUGGUGGUGUUAAGUGACAAAACACAUGAAAAUGAUUUAUUACAGAAUAAAAAAACACAGAGGAAACGCUGCUCUAUAAUCAUCACUUUCACUUUACAACCUGCCGACUUUCUAUGAAAUGUUUAAAGAUAUUGUAAAAAAGUUGUAAUAACAGUAUAUAUUUUCUAUAAACAGAGACUGCUGCAUUUAUUCCUGUGCUGUUUUGGACAUGUAUUUGUGUUAGCGUUUGCUCGGAUGUACAGAGAUUUUCAUAUUUUCUAAGGUGUUUCUGAUAUUGUUGUUAACUCUCCUGUUCUGCUGCUGUAGUUUGAUGAAAUGUCGCACCUCAAAAUGUGUUAUGGGAUAUAAUAAAGACAAGUCAACCAGGGACUACUAUCAAAAACAA